AUGAAUUGCUCUGCCGACGUACCCAGCAUCAGCGGAGGUAUCCUCGUGAGCGUGCCCGCCAGUGUUCUGCUUAUGCAAUACAUUUCAUAUGGCUUGUACCAAGCUGCACUUGGGUGGAUACAGAUAAUGUGCAAUCAAAGACGCAAUCACUUACAAUACUAUACUUUUCAAACCUCUUACCCUGCCUAUGCUCUCAGUGAGUUCAAACGGCUCUUCCAUGAGCUUGACCAGAAUGACACUUGGUACAUCAACUUGGGACGAGCCAUCGCUUGGAUUACCCACAACUCUUAUUUGGCGACGUCUGUAUUCUUCACUAUCAUUGUGGUUUCAACUUCUACUAGCGCCAGUGUUAAGAGUGUCGUCUUGACGAACACCGCCGACAACACCAACACAACCAUGGUUGAAAUUAUGUGGCACUUGGAUUCAAGUGAAUGCAUAACCUAUGCACCUUCGCUACUACAUCAAGCGACCUCCGGAAUAUUCUUGAAUGGAUAUAUGCUUUUAGCUUUCACAACGUACGCUUCGAUCAUGAUAUUAUACACCUUCAUCUGCAACUACAUGUACCAUUAUCCUAUAUGGUUACCUCUACCUCUCUAUGACAUAUUGUUCGAUUCACCAACGUCGAAGACCGAAGAUGGCCAAAUUUUCUUUUCGCCGCCUGGAACACUACGCUUGGAAGAACACGACGGCGAACCUUAUAUCAUGAUUGGUGAUAAGCUUUUGAUCACACUUAGCAAAGACCUUGAUUGGGAGAAAGUAAAUGCGAUACUUGACAGUCGAUGA